GCAAAUUUUGGAGGCAUUCAUUUUUUUUUAAAAAUGAGUAUGAAAAUUUGAAGAUAAUUGUUUAAAAAGGAAAAUUAUCUAUUUAUACAUUUAAUUUUUGAAGUUUAAAUACCAUUUAAAACUCUAAACAAGUAAUUGCAUGAGUUUAAGCUAUGUCUAUAUGUAUAUAUCAAUUCAUUUAAUCUGUUAACUAUUCUAAUUUUGUAGACUAAAUUCGUAAUUUUUUUAAGUAAAUUAAUUUAUUAAGAUUUUCUAUCCGUAAUUCUAACCAUCAUAAGAAUAUUUCUCAAAAAAGGUUAUUUUUUAAAAUAAAAAAAAUCUUAAACGUAUACUACAGUUUCAAAUUGAUAUAAUUUCAAAAGUUUUAUUUAGUAAAAGAAUUAUAGGAUGAUAUAUCAAAUCAGAGUGAAAGAUGGUAUGGUAAUUAAGAUUGUGGUGAGCUGAAUUUAGUAUAUGAUAAUUUUGAAAUGUUGACGUAAACUCGGAUCCUAAAAGUUGAAUGGCCACUAGAUUAAUAUUAAAAUAACAAAAGGAAAGAAUUAUAUUAUAAAGUAUGAAGGAAAGCGCGAGGGAGUAACGUCCAACCGAACGGCAAUUCCUGAGGAAACGCCAUUUUCUUGGUGGCAUCGGAAAUGGAGAAAUUGCGAAUAGGAGAACGACACCUGUACUUUAACGAUCGGCCUACUCCCUGUAAAUCCUCUCCCAUAAUUCCUUCAACCAAGGAAUAUUAUCGUGUCAACUACAAUAAAUUCCUACACAACUUUUCUAUCUCUGUAUAUGCUGAUCAUCGUCUCCAACGACGGCGAUUGGGGAUGUCCGAGUCCGAGUCCGAGUCCGAGCUGUUCGACGCUGCGGCGGCUACGGAGUUGGUGAACACACUGAGACGUAGUUUUACUACAGGAAGGACUCGGAGCUAUGAGUGGAGAGUGUCGCAGCUUGAGAGUCUCCUAAAGCUCAGCCAGGAGCAUGAGGAAGAUCUCUGCGAUGCUCUUCACUCUGACCUUUCCAAGCCUGUGUUGGAAUCCAUCGUUCAUGAGUGCUCAGUGGUGCUUUCCGGUAGUUGAAUUAACGAACGGCACCUGUUUGUUCAAAUGUCCAUCCUUCAAAGUCUCAUUCUUACUCUCACAUCCACCAAAUACUGAGCAGGACCACGUGAUAAGUGAAGCUAACUUAUUGGUGCCACUAAUGGAAGAGAGUUAUUAAUGCUUCAACUAUAUUUCGAAGUAAGAGUUUCUCAUUUAUUAGGCUUCCAUCUAAGCCUUGUUUGUUUUCAAGUAGAACACUCUCUAUAUUUAAUACUGCAUUUCUUCCUGUUCCUUCCUUCUCCAUUGCUUCCUUUUUCCUUGUCUUCUCUAUUUCCCUUCGCUACUUCCAACCAAGUACCAGUACUCCAAAAUCGUCGGGCAAAGGAAUUGAAACAGAGAAAUACUUCAAUUCUUUUUAGUUUUACAUUUUUAGCUAAUUUGGGCAUGAGAGUCGUUCUCAUUUAGCAAACAGCUUCGUCUUGAGAUCUUGUUUUGCGUUGUUUAGAAGCUAUGAGAGUUUGUAGAUGACGACUGUUCUAUGAUUAAGAAAAAUCUGCACUUCCAUGAAGAUGGGUUGUGUUGUAUUCGAAGAUAGAUUCCACGAGAGGUUCAUUGAGGGCGUACUGUAUUUCUAUGCCAACGUUUAAUAAUGAUCUGUUCUAAAUGAUGAUCAUCAUGCAUCUUCUGAAUUAACUGUUGGAAUAAAUGCAUCUUCUAAAUUUAAAAAA